GCGUGCUGUAUUGACAGCAAAACAUGCUCUGAUGUUGAACUUUGUUCCACAUCAUUUGGGAUUUUCCCACAUUACCCGGGAGGACGUUAAAGAAAACCACACCCGUCCACUUGCAAAAGAGCUGCUCUGUACUGUAACUGAAAAUCUAGUAAUACUAGUACUUGAUGGGACAUAUAUAUACCUACAAAAAAGUGGCAAUUUUACAUUCUCAAGAAGAUCAUUUAGUACUCAUAAACACAGGCCGUUGAUUAAACCUAUGAUAGUGGUUACUACAUCGGGGUACGUUGUUUCGGUGCUUGGGCCAUACCUAGCCGACUCCAAGAAUUCAGAUGCUAAGAUUUUGACGCAUAUGAUAGAAACCAACGUAGAGGAAAUUAAAGAUUGGAUAAAGGAGGAAGACAUAUUCAUUGUCGAUAGAGGGUUUAGGGAUGCAGAAACUCUACUCAACGACAUUGGAAUUCAUGUUGAAAUGCCUUCCUUUCUACCACGUGGAACAAAGCAACACACAACAGAAGAGUCUAAUGCAACACGUUUAGUUACAAAACUACGAUGGGUCGUCGAAAGUGUUAAUGGUAGAAUCAAAACCUGGAAUUACUUGGACAGAACCAUUCCCAAUAGCCAGAUACCACACAUCGGGGACUAUGUUCGGAUUAUUAGUGCCAUCUGCAAUAAAUUCAGGCCUGAUGUUAGUACAGGAUUAGAGAGUGACUUGUCGACAGCUGCGAAGAUGCGUUUUCUCUCCACGGAAGUCAAUGUACUCAAGGAAUAUGUAGAGACAAAUGGUUUAGACAAAAGGGAAGUAAGGUGGCGGAAGAUUGACGCCAGCGACACAAGCAUUGCAUUUCCGCAACUGUCUGAAGAAGAAAUACGCGAAUUAACAAUGGGGGUAUAUCAGAUAAAGCUAGCUAAAUCCUAUGCUCAGGAACAUCUGGAUAAAGAUGGCAACUAUGAAAUUUACGUCAACAAUGACCAUGAUGGAAUUCUACGUGCAAAACUUCAAAGCAGGCAUAUAUCGGCAAAGAAGUAUUUAUUGUGGAUUGGGUUUGAUGAGAUAAAUAUAAAAUCAUGGUUUUGCAAAUGCAAAAUAGGGUCAAGAGUGGUGGGAAUGUGCUCCCACAUCACUAGUGUUAUAUGGUUUUUAUCCUUUGCAAGGCACAGGGAAAACCCAAAGAUUGGAGUUCGCAAUUGUUGCAGUUACGUUGAUGAUGCUGCAGCGCUGCCCGUUGAUGAUUCUGACAGCGACGAAGACAGCCUUGUCGGAAAUGAAGAGGAGUGAUAUUAACAUGUUAACAUUUUAACUUAUUAAAAGUU